ACACUUUUAUGCCAGGUGUCUCAGUCAUCUGCCAUUACCAUAAAAAGGGGAGUACGUGCAUUAGUAGAGUACGUGACUGCAACCAAAAACAAUUUAAUAGAUAUUUCUAGAUUAAUAAAUUGCGGUCAUUCCUUGAUCAAUUCCGUGAUUGAAAGGCAUCUUUUGUCUAUUGAGGAAUCAAGAAAGCAAAGCCCCCAUAUACUUAAAAUGACUCAAUCAAGUUAUCACCAAGGAAAGUCUGAAACAGUUGAACUAGCUAAAGCCCUUGAACACAUUGAAAGUGCACUUUCUGGGGUACUAGGAAGAAUCCAACGACUGAAUGAUGAAUCCCAACAAGCCAAAACUGAAAUAUCUCAAAUGUUUGGAAGGCAGCUAUCUCACCUUCACAAUCGUGAAACUCAACUUCUUAGGCAGGUGGAUGUAAUCUUUCGCUCCAGAGGUGAACUACUUCAGAAACAACUAGCAUACUGUUACCGCGUUCUCGGAGCAUUAGAGACGUCCCGAAAGUGGUCAGAGCAGUUGCAAAAGUAUAGCUGUGAUUUGACGAUCGAUAGUAGGGAAUUUGAGGAGAUGAAAAAAUGGGCUACGUCUAUCCCACUAAACUGGACUUUAAAUGAAGCUCCUUUGAAUGAGGCUAUUGCAAAUUUUGGAAAUGUAGAUAUGGAUGGAGUCCUCCUACUUCCCAAUUCGGAGCAAUCUAGUUGUCUUCCUAGCAGGGUUGAAGAAUAUUUUGAAGAAGAACACCAAGUUCUGAAUAAACCAUUACAUUCAAAUAUAAUUGACAUCAAGUUUCCCAAGCUACCCAAAGAUUAUUCGUAUUGGCUGUCUCGUCCAACACAACAAGAAGAGAAACCAGACUCUGGUUAUGGACCAUAUCGUAAAGGUACGGACAGCUAUAAACCGUGUGACGUGCAGACUUGGUUGGGCUGCCUUCAAUCGGAAACUGCUCCUGAACCAAUGGACGGUGUUUCUGAUUCCUCCCCCGAGUUGGUUAUGCUCUCGGAUACCGCUUCUUUAAACAGCAAAGACUCCGAUAGCAUUGAAAUAGUAUCGAUUGCAAAUAUGUGCCUCAAAUUCAGCAAUGAACACGGUGAAGGGGUUGGUGCCUGCCAGAAAGUGUUGGGUGAUUUUGAGAUUGAAAACUUGGCUGAUAAUUUCAAUGCCUGCUUAAAAGCCGAAAAACAACGCUGGCUGGUAUCAGAAUCGAAAGAAAAUAUUAGAGACAUUCCAAUCUCAAAGGCUUGUCGUGCCAAUUCAGUUUGUGGUUCGUAUGAUGCGUGCGUAUGCGAGAUCAACUGUCACGACCUAUCUCAGAAGAACCGCAAUGAGAAAGAAAAGCAAGAAAAUAAAGGAAAUGAUUAUCGCGUGUGGCUUCACCCUGCUACUCCGCCGACGACGUCUUUGGCAAACAACAGUAUCCCACAAUUGUCACUCUUUUCUAAUGACGACUACACCAUUUGGCUUCAUCCCGACUCCCUUGCUUCCAUGACCAAAUCUACUUCCAAUAAGAUUCCUGAACUCCCAUCUGUUUCGUCCGAGGAAGAUUAUCGUAAGUGGCUGCAUCCUGAAUCAUUGGCAGGAGCGCGCGCGUCAAAAGAUGUCGCCAAUUAUUCGUUUAAAUAUCAAAAUCUCAACCCGGACGCUUCAGAAACCGGAUUCAACUUCAUGGAUUCUCUGGUGACGAAGACGGCCUCGGCCUCUAAUGGCGGCAAUAUUUGGUUGGCAAGUAGUCCUAUUAAUCAAACAUCGACCAUGCUACACUCAGGGCUAUCUGUCAGCGAUGCGCUCAACGAAAUGAGGCAAACUAGCGGAAAGUUGGCACAAAUUCAGAAUAGUUGGGCUCAAUGGUUGAAUCGUUAAAACAAUCUAGCACAUACUCUAAGAAGAGUAGAAAGGGGGGACAUUUUUUUUCUUAUUUUUAUUUCGUUAAAAUUUUUUAUUGUUCCGAAGCGCUUUCCGCCUACAUCAGGAUGUAGUUGUGUGGGCUUAAAUGAGUUAUUCACCCAACCUAAAUUUUUUUUUUUUGCAUUGACGUCGAAUAUCAAGGCGUGAUGCAAUCAUUUGCUUUCGUUUGGUGUUAUUGGCUGGUUUGUUGGGGGGAAAAAAUGUUUUGACAACUUGUUGAAUACAUGCGACCGCGUAUCGCACUGGCUUUA